UAUACAAACAGUCACCGACCAUCCUGUUCACAGUGCUAAAAACAUUUAGUUAUGCAGAAAUGAUUAAUAUAGUUAAAAUAUCGAUACCAAAUUUGAAACUUCUGAGUAUCUAUAUAUUGAUACUCCAGCAUCAAUGUACACAUCCCUACUAGGGGACUUAGGGCUAUUUCUUUAUCUGCACCAAGGCCGAGCAUCUCGUCGACAAUGGCUUUGCAGGCAGUGAAGGGUGUUUUGUUUGGAGAUGGUGUUUAAGCCGUUAAGUGCUGGGGGACCAUGGCACUGUUGGAGAACUUUUCCCCCACACGCCAAGCAUAACGGAGACGGUGCAUUAGGAUCCCCGAAGUGCUACCCUGCCGCUGUGAGUUAUCGGAGCAGAGGAAGUAAUCCUGGGGGCUCGUCUGGGAUCUGUUUAUCACAAGUGCAGUCAAUCCAUCAUUGAUAAACAAACCAGAACCACAGAGAGAGAGAGAGAGAGAGAAAGAGAGAGAGAGUGUGUGUGCGCGGCUGUGUCACUGACUCAGCUGCUCCAUUUUGUUACGAGAGGAAACUAAAAUAUUCCAGGAGUAAAAGCUAAAGCUCUGAUAUAUAAACGCUAUAAUCUGGAGAAGGAGACAUGACCUUCAACAUGAGUGUGUCUGGAAAACAGGACUUAAAGAAAGACGAGAGAAUGAUGGCGGGAAAGAGAUCAGACUCACCAGAACCCAGCUGUGUGUCCAUGAAGAGUGACCGGUCAAUGGGACUUCCAAUUAACUUCAGAGACAGAGACAGUUCUACUGAUGUGAGACCACAAAAGAAGAAAUCAAACAUCAGCAGAAAUCAGCUGGACUCCAUAUUCAAGGAGCUGGAACACAAAGUCAUAACUCUGAUAAAGAAUGAGCUGAAGAGGUUUAGGAAGCUCCUGAGUCCAGAUUACCCAGCAUGCACUGAGAGGGAGGUGGAGGAUGAGGAGGAUCUGCACAGUGUCAGAGAGGGAGCUCUGAAGAUCACACUGCACUUCCUGAAGAACAUGAAGCACACAGAUCUCGCUAACACACUGCAGAACAAACUCGCCUCUGUGUAUCAGACAAAGCUGAAAUCCAACCUGAGAGACAAGUUUAAAAGAAUUAAUGAAGGAAUCUCACAGCAUGGAAGAUCAGCACUUCUGAAUGAGAUCUACACAGAGCUCUACAUCACAGAGGGUUGGAGUGGAGACGUCAAUAAUGAACAUGAGGUGAGACAGAUUGAGACAGCGUCCAGGAGACCAGCAACACAGGAGAUACCCAUCAACUGUAAUGACCUCUUUAAGGACAAGUCCAUCAGAACUGUGCUGACUAAAGGAGUUGCUGGAAUUGGAAAAACAGUCUCUGUGCAGAAAUUCAUUCUGGACUGGACUGAAGGAAAAUCAAAUCAGGACAUCACCUUCAUGUUUCCACUUCCCUUUAGAGAGCUGAAUCUGAUGAAGGAGAAAAAUCUCAGUCUGAUGAAUCUUCUUCAUCACUUUUUCCCAGAAAUAAGAAAUCUAGAAUCAAUAGACUGUGACUCCUACAAAGUGGUGUUGAUCUUUGAUGGUCUGGAUGAGUGUCAACUUCCUCUAAAUUUCCAGAAGAAUGAGAGAUUGUGUGAUGUGACAGAGUCAGCCUCAGUGGAUGUUCUGCUGACGAACCUCAUCAAAAGGAAUCUGCUUCCCUCUGCUCUCCUCUGGAUAACCUCUCGACCAGGAGCAGCCAAUCAGAUCCCUCCUGAGUGUGUAGACCAGGUAACAGAGGUACGAGGGUUUAAUGAUCCUCAGAAAGAGGAGUACUUCAGGAAGAGGAUCAGUGAUCAGAGCCUGGCCAAUAAAAUCAUCAGACACAUGAAGUCUUCAAGAAGCCUCUACAUCAUGUGCCACAUCCCAGUCUUCUGCUGGAUCUCAGCCACUGUUCUAGAGAGAAUGUUGGGUGAAGCAGAGAGUGGAGAGAUCCCCAAGACUCUGACUCAAAUGUUCACACACUUCCUGAUCUUUCAGAUCAAACACAAGGAUGAAAAGUACCAUCAGAAACAUGACCCUGAUCCUCAGCAGACCAGAGAGAGUAUCCUGGCACUGGGAAAACUGGCUUUCCAGCAGCUGGAGAAAGGAAACCUGAUCUUCUAUGAGGAAGACCUGAGAGAGUGUGGCAUUGAUGUCAGAGAAGUGUCAGUGUACUCAGGAGUGUGUACCCAGAUCUUCAGAGAGGAGUUUGGGCUUCACCUGGGGAAGGUGUUCAGCUUUGUACAUCUGAGUGUUCAGGAGUUUCUGGCUGCUUUAUACGUGUUUUUCUGCUUUAAAUUAAGAAAGGCAAAUGUGCUUGUGGAGCAAAAUACUGAAUAUUUAAAUUUCUUCAGAAAUCCAAAUAUGUCUGAUCUCCUCAGGAGUGCAGUGGACAAGGCCUUACAGAGUGAGAAUGGACACCUGGACCUGUUCCUCCGCUUCCUUCUGGGUCUCUCACUGGAGUCCAAUCAGACUCUCUUACGAGACUUAAUGCCACAGACAGGAAGUAGUUCUCACAGAAAACAGGAAACAGUGGAGUACAUCAAGGAGAAGAUCAGGGAGAAUCCAUCUCCAGAGAAAUCCAUCAAUCUGUUCCACUGUCUGAAUGAACUGAAUGAUCAUUCUCUAGUGCAGGAAGUACAGACUUACAUGAACAAAGGAUAUUACAGCUGUCUCAGUGGAUCCAGUCUCUCUCCUGCUCAGUGUUCAGCUCUGGUGUUUAUGUUACUGACCUCAGAACAGGAGCUGGAUGAGUUUAAAUUGGGUAAAUAUGAUCCAUCAGAGGAAUGUCUUCUGAGACUGCUGCCAGUGGUCAAAGCCUUCAGAAAAGCUGUUCUGUGUGAGUGUAAUCUGACAGAGGAAAGCUGUAGAGCUCUGUCCUCAGUUCUCAGCUCAAACUCCUCCAGUCUGAGAGAACUGAACCUGAGUGAGAAUAAACUGCAGGAUUCAGGAGUGAAGCUGCUCUCUUUUGGACUGAAGAAUCCACACUGUACACUGGAGAUACUGAGUCUGUGGAGGUGUAAUCUGACAGAGGAAAGCUGUAGAGCUCUGUCCUCAGUUCUCAGCUCAAACUCCUCCAGUCUGAGAGAACUGAACCUGAGUUACAAUAAACUGCAGGAUUCAGGAGUGAAGCUGCUCUCUGCUGGACUGAAGAAUCCACACUGUACACUGGAGAUACUGAGUCUGUGGAAGUGUAAUCUGACAAAGAAAAGCUGUAGAGCUCUGUCCUCAGUUCUCAGCUCAAACUCCUCCAGUCUGAGAGAACUGUACCUGAGUGACAAUAAACUGCAGGAUUCAGGAGUGAAGCUGCUCUCUGCUGGACUGAAGAAUCCACACUGUACACUGGAGAUACUGAGUCUGUGGAGGUGUAAUCUGACAGAGGAAAGCUGUAGAGCUCUGUCCUCAGUUCUCAGAUCAAACUCCUCCAGUCUGAGAGAACUGGACCUGAGUUACAAUAAACUGCAGGAUUCAGGAGUGAAGCUGCUCUCUGCUGGACUGAAGAAUCCACACUGUACACUGGAGAUACUGAGGAUGAUGAACUGCAGUAUUACAGAUGAAGGUUGUGCUGCUCUGGAUUCAGCUCUGAGGUCAAACUCCUCAUCACACCUGAGAGAACUGGAUCUGGACUAUAAUUAUCCAGGAGAAUCAGGAGUGAAGCUGCUCUCUGAUCUACUGAAGGAUCCACACUGUAAACUGGAGACACUAGAAAUUAAAUGUUAUAAACUCACCAGGUCUGGUGUAUGACCGGAGUCUGACCUCAAACCUCUUGUCCAGGAUAAAGCAGUAGUGGUGAAGCGUUAGAACCCGUCCCACAUUUCCAGCAGUUUGGGAGCUGAAUCAUUCAUAUUCAGAUGUAGAAGUUCCAGAACAAUAACCGUGACUGACCACAUCCUUUCAUCCACUCAGCUACAAGUUACUUCAGGCUUUAAUCACACAUUUUACAAUCCAAAGUCCAAUCCUUCAGCAUCUACACACAACACAGAGAUAUCAUCACACCAUCACACUGAUUACACAAACACACAUCCAGCUGUUGGAGAUGUUUAUAGUCAAUUUUUAUCUCCUUAUUUUUAUAUCACAUUUGUUUCUGCACAGAUGAUUGAGUUACAGUUGUAAUAUUUAUCUUUUUUUUCUUUAAAAAUGACUUAUUUUCAUAUCUCUAAUCUUUGUUUGCUAAUCUGUGUUUAAUUGUAACCAUGGUAACAGGUCUGCUGAUUGAUUUGUUGUUGUAGUGACCCAGUUUUGUAUAUAUGUUGUAUACAUGUCAUUUCCACUGUGUGUAAUUACAGAAUAAACAGUGAGUGUGAGUGAAACACAACAAUUCAGGUGUUUGAGGUGUGUUUGAU